GGGAAGCGCAGCCAAGGAUGAUGGAGAGAGGGAGUACCUACCGGAGGAGUGGCCUUCACGAUCCCAGCCCAACAUGCGGACUUUGUUUAUAACGUGUGGAAGGGGACAAUGUGGAGACAUCUCACGUCGCUUCACUUUCUCAAACCCUGCGGCAGAUCGUUUCACCCUGUCACUGUAUCAGGAGCCCGUCUACGUUCGAUUUUAGACUGGAGUAACUCAUCUUCAGAAAUCACUUUCAAGAAAUAAAGAGUCUGCGCUCUAUGCCCCCCCGGUGCCCGCCCCAGGCCCCAUGGUUCCCCCAGCUAGCAUGUUUGGCAACGUACCAGGGUACGAGGACACUUUAGCUGGCGGAGGAGGUGGAUAUCUCCCCCCACCGAUGCCCUUGCACCCGAAUCGGGAUCCAGAGCCUGCACCCGUACAACAAGACUGGAACAUCCCCUCCAUCACUGAAGAUGUGGCGCGGGAGCGUUUUAUAAUGUACGCGUCUGGUUACUGCUGCUAUAACAAUGCCCCCGCCAAGGAUGGAGUGAUCACUAACAUGCAGGCGUUCAACACCUAUCGGUACCGUUUGGAGACAUUCACAGAGUCUAGAUCUACAGAGUGGGCCACCAAGCCUUAUGAAGGUGAACCAGCAGACUUCUACACGCAGACUGCCCCCCGGCCGUGGGAAAUCCCAGUGACAGGUCCCUCCCUGUUCCAAAACCACGAGGAGAACAUAAAAGUCCCUUACACAUCAUCUAACAAGCCCUGCCACACUUGUAGUGCCUCUGGAAAGAUGCCCUGCCAUGAGUGCAAUGGGUCUGGAACGAAAGCUUGUUGGGUCUGCAAUGGAUCUGGCAGACGGGGAGGAGAUAGUCCCUGCAGCCAAUGCAAUGAAAGAGGAAAGGAGAACUGCUCUAAAUGUCAUGGUAACGGGACUAAAGAAUGUGAGACCUGCAAGGGCAAGCGGCAACUGUUGACCUACAUCAACCUUAAAGUCGAGUGGAAGAAUAAUGUUGAAGACUAUGUUGUGGAGCAGAACAGUGGGCUGGAGGUUAACAAUCUGAGCGAUGUGACGGGAAAGACACUCUUCAAAAACGCCCAGUACAUGCUGUAUCCAGUGUAUGGCUUCCCAGAUCCGUCUUUAUCCCAGGCUUCAGACCGUUUGGUUAGAGAACACCAGGCUAAAUACUCCCAGAACUCUCGCAUCCUUCAACAGCAACAAACCAUCGAGUUGAUUCCCAUCACCAAGGUGACCUACAAGUGGAAGGGAGGCAUCCAUGUUUACUAUAUCUAUGGGAACGAACACCAGGUCAAAGUUCCUGACUACCCUGCCACCUGCUGCUGCUCUAUCAUGUAACCAGUCAAGCCAGCCAGCCAGCCAGCCAGCCACUUAACCAUACCCCUUUUGGUGGAUGCGUCACCAGGCCAACCCAAUACAGCCUUGACUCGACUUAGUUCAGCUCAGUAUGAAAAAAGGUUGUGUUUAUCAGUUAGCUAGCUAGUUAGUUAGUUAGCUAGUUAGUUAGGUAGGUAUUGUAGGUAGUUCUUUAGGGCCUUUUACCCUCUCAGGUGUUUAGGGCUAAGUGUAUUCUGAUCAGUAUACUUCAUGUUGUUGUUUAUUUUUAUAAUAAUUAAUGCAGCCCUGGAAUUUCAGGAAUUUGUUUUUUGUUUCAACUUUCAAUUUUUCACAAGUAAAUUACUUUAUGCAAAUAUCUUUUUUUUAUUGUUCAGAAAUGUGGUGGGUACUCUCUUCGUUCGCUGGACUUUAUCCUGCUAACUGUUCCAAAUGUCCGAACUGAAUUUGAUAAAAGGUAUUUUAUGUACACUGCGCCAUCGUCUUGGAACACCUUAUAAAAUAAUUUUAAACUGGAAGAACUUGUCCCGAUUGGUGUUUUUUAAAUCACUGAUGAAGGAUUUUGAGGCUGAU